AUGCAUAGGAAUACUCUUCCUGGGACAUUAUUUGUGGCCCUUGCUGUUCUACUCCUGGGACUUCUUCUGAGUAGUUCCCUAGCGCCAAUUGCUCGUAGAGAGUGUGAUGAUGGUAAUAUCUUUAUUUUUGGUUUUCUUCUGGAGUAUGAAAAGUCCGUUAAUACAAGUGAAGGUAACAACUCCACUAGUCUUCAAACACAUCCGUUACCGUACAAAAUAGCGGAAAAUGUAAAAAAUAAUAAGAUUCGGUUUUCUGUUUCUGAUUUCCCAAAUGGGGCUCUUCGAACUUGUAUGAUUCUUUACAUUAUCUUAACUUGUCUUUGUGGAUUAUUUGCCUUGGUGUCCAUUACAGCUGUUGUGAUGGAUACGACGAUGCACCUAGUGAAAUGGAAUUCUUUUCAGUAUCGUCGGUUGUUGGUUGUUUUGUGCCUCACAUUAGUGUUUGUUGGACGUUUUAUUAUUGUGGUGAUAAUGGCCACACGUGGUCAGUUGUAUGCAGAGAUUGAAAAUGGAUGUUUUGUUCACUCUGGACAAGUCUAUUUACAUUCAGGAUUUUCUGUCUCACUAGUCAGUCUCUGUAUCUGCAUUCUCGCUGAUGUUGCCUUGUGGAACACUGGUUUUCGUUAG